AAACUUUGUCUCGGGAUCGUUCAUAAAUGUAUAUAUGUAUAAGUCAACAUGGCGUAGAGACACAUGGAGCAGUCGAUUUUACGCAAGUGUACCACACGAUGCAACAUUAGGCGCGUAGAGACACUAUAUAAAAAUAAAAGUCAUAUUAAUUUCCGGCGAGUCUUGCUUUUUACGAUAGCUUUUUGAGCAUCUCCGGCGGCGUGGCCACCGGCCGUCAACUUCACCAUCAUCAAUUCAUCAUCAAUAUCAACAUGCAUCAUCAUCGUACAUUUAUGUACCCAUUUAAUUAACUCCGUUGACAAUUACGUGUGAGUGUAUAUAUAUAUAUAUAUCAAGAACUUGUAGCUGCUUAGAAAAAAAGGCAGUGGUUAAAUGUUUUAAGAAGCUGUCUUUAAUUUGAGACAAGAGAAGGAAAACGUAAAUCGAAAUGGGUUCGUCGUCGAACGGAGGAGUGCCACCUGGUUUUCGGUUUCAUCCGACGGACGAAGAGCUUCUCCAUUACUACUUGAAGAAGAAAAUCUCUUACCAAAAGUUUGAGAUGGAAGUCAUCAGAGAGGUUGACUUAAACAAGCUUGAGCCUUGGGAUUUGCAAGAGAGAUGCAAGAUAGGGUCAACACCGCAGAACGAAUGGUAUUUCUUCAGCCACAAGGACAGGAAAUAUCCGACAGGGUCAAGGACCAACCGUGCUACUCAUGCAGGGUUCUGGAAGGCGACGGGACGUGACAAGUGCAUAAGGAACUCUUACAAGAAGAUAGGAAUGAGGAAGACACUUGUGUUCUACAAAGGUAGAGCUCCUCAUGGCCAAAAGACUGAUUGGAUCAUGCAUGAGUACCGUCUUGAAGACCCUGAUGAUCCUCAAGCCAACCCUAGUGAAGAUGGAUGGGUGGUAUGUAGAGUGUUCAUGAAGAAAAAUUUGUUCAAGGUAGUAAAUGAAGGUGGCACAAGCAUUAACUCAUCGGACCAACACAACCAUGAUGCAUCCAACAACAACCACACACUUCAAGCUCGUAGCUUUAUGCACCGAGACAGUCCAUACCAGCUUGUACGUAACCACGGAGCCACGACAUUUGAACUCAACAAGCCUGACCUUACUCUUCAUCAAUACCCACCAAUCUUCCACAAGCCACCUUCACUUGGAUUUGACUACUCCUCAGGACUUGCAAGGGACUGUGAGAGUGCGGCGAGUGAAGGGUUACAAUACCAGCAAGCGUGUGAGCCGGGUUUAGAGGUCGGUACUUGUGGGACAGUGGCUAGUCAUGAUAGUCAUCAACAAGGUUUAGGUGAAUGGGCAAUGAUGGAUAGACUUGUGACUUGUCACAUGGGAAAUGAAGAUUCCUCUAGAGGGAUUAGGUUUGAGGAUGGUAACAACAAUUCUUCGUCUGUUGUCCAGCCAGUUCCUGCGACGAACCAGCUUACGUUGCGCAGUGAGAUGGAUUUCUGGGGUUAUUCUAAAUAGAUGUUUAUAUUUCGGUCUUAUGAGUCUAAGACAAUAUAAGUGCUGAUUUGUGUGUGUGUGUGUUCUUGAGUCAUGUUUUAUUUAUUUGUUGGAAGCAAAUUGCUUCACAAAACCCAAAUAUUAAUUAUAUCUACUGUUGGAAUAAAUAAUAACAAUACUGAUUAGUGCAU